UUCAGCUGCCAUUUUGUGGAGAUCAGAAUAGGGGACGCAGCACACGUUAUUCUGUAGAUGAAUAAAACCACUGUGUUAUAACGGAUCACACAUUAAACUCCAGACACGAUGCUUUCAGCCGCCCAAUUACUCGAUGAGUUAAUGGGCCGGGACCGGAAUUUGGCUCCGGAUGAGAAGCGCUGUAAUGUGCGCUGGGAUCAUGAGACUGUCUGUAAAUACUACCUGUGUGGCUUCUGCCCUGCUGAACUGUUCACAAACACACGGUCAGACUUGGGUCCAUGUGAAAAAAUCCAUGAUGAAAACUUGAGGAAAAUGUAUGAGAAGAGUUCCCGCUUUAUGAAGGAAGGAUAUGAGCGUGACUUCCUGCGGUACCUGCAGAGUCUGCUGGCCGAGGUGGAGCGCAGGAUUCGGAGGGGCCAUGCGCGCUUGGCACUGUCGCAAGCGCAGCAGAACUCUGGAGGACCAGGUCCGUCGGGGAAGAACGAGGAGAAGGCUCAGGUCCUCACAGAGAAGAUUGAAGAGCUUGUGCUUCAGAUUGAGGAAUUGGGCUCGGAGGGGCGUGUCGAGGAGGCGCAGGGCAUGAUGAAGCUGGUGGAGCAACUUAAGGAAGAGAGGGAGCAGCUUAGUUCCACCCCUUCAACUAUUGAGAGCUUUGCAGCUCAGGAGAAGCAGAUGGAGGUGUGUGAAGUGUGUGGUGCUUUUCUUAUAGUGGGUGACGCUCAGUCCAGAGUGGACGAUCAUCUAAUGGGCAAACAACAUAUGGGAUAUGCCAAAAUCAAAGCCACUGUAGAAGAACUGAAGGAAAAACUGCGUCGGCGUUCAGAGGACCCGGAGAAGGACGAGCGAGGGAAGAAAGAGAAGGAGGACCGUGAGCGUGAAAGGGAGGAACGUGAGAAAAAACGCAAAGAGGAGGAGGAGAAAGAGAAAGAGCGGGAAAAAGAGAGGGAGCGAGAGCGGGAGAGAGAGAGGGAACGCGAGAGAGAGAGGGAUCGGGACAGAGAGAGAGAACGGGAACGGGACAGACGCGGGAGGCGGAGUCACUCCAACAGUAGACACUCCAGCCGUGCAUCAGACCGCCGCAGGAGCCGCUCGCGAGACAGGAAGAGGUCCAGGAGUAAGGAACGGGACAGGAAACGCAGCAGGAGCCGUGAACGUGACCGAGAGAGGAGGCGCAGCCGGGAACGCUCGGACAGGAAGCGGCGCUCUCGGAGCAGGGAGAGGAGGAGAUCCCGCAGCUCUGAACGCAAGAGCCACCGGCACCGCAGCCGUAGCAGAGACAGAGAGAAGGACAGAGGGGACAAAGACAAGGACAAAUCCUCUAAGAACAAAGAGCACAAGGACUCUUCAGAUGAGAAGAGGAGCAGCAGAAAGGGCUCUGUUGAGAAGUCCAACGAGCUUUCCAAGCCCGAACCCAUGGAGGCAGAGCCUCCCAAAGCGGAAGUGAAUGGCACCGCCGAAGAGCUUCAUUCUGAAGGUGACACACAGUCCAAUUAAAACUGAUCUGAUAGGACCUCAGAUCAGAGCCAGGGGGAGUUUGGACAACUGCAAGAGGAAGACAUUGAAGACCUCCAUACUACAACACAACUCCGCUGCUUUAAAACAAGGUGAACCACAGACGUAGUGGCCUAUUACGAUAAAAUUAUAAAGAGAUGUAAAUGUAAAAUGGUUCUGUCGCCUUUUUUCAGCGUUUCCACAGGACCUUUCGUGUUCUUUUUAUCAUGUUCGUUUGGUUUUGUUUUCUUUGGUCUUACUGCUAUAAGUUCGUAUAGAUGCACAUGCAGGUCCACCCUGAUUUCUGUUAGUAUGCAUUCAGAAUGAGUAAAGUACUUGUGGCAUGUUUGCUCUGUUCAGUCUGCUCUCACAUCUGAGAUAUUGAAGAUCAGUUUUGUUCAGUAUUUUGACUGGAAGCCCACUGCUUAAAUAUUUCCCCUCUGUACGCUAAAUCCCAAAUCUUUAUACAAUUUUAGUUUAGACAAGUGAGUUUUCAUUUUGUUCCAGUUUUAAAUCCUGUAUUUGUCUUGAAUAAAAAGAAACAUUGAAAACCGC